CUUUGCUCCUCCCUGCUCCGCUGGUGAUAACGGGAAUGAUCUAAAACCUCAAACCAGAAACUCAGAAUUAAGAGAAAAAGUAAUGGCGGCAGCAAUAAUGGACUGCACAAACUGGGAUGAAGACGUCUACAGAGACUCCAUUUUGCAGCACCGGGAAACUCUUUGUCGGACCGUUUUCCGAACCGCCUUCGCCCCAAACCCUGGUAAUUCUAACUCAAAUCCUGACGUCAUCGUCACGGCCUGCAGCGACGGCUCCAUCGCCUCUUACUCCAUCUCUUCUUGCCUCGGUUUGGGUUUUGGGAAUGCUAGAGCUGCUCACAAUUUGUUGGUAGCGGAACCUAAUUUUUUGAUCCAAGGACAUGAAGGCCCUGCUUAUGAUGUUAAAUUUUACGGCCAUGGCGAGGAUUCUUUAUUACUAAGUUGCGGGGAUGAUGGUCGAAUUCGAGGGUGGAAAUGGAAAGAAAUAGCAGAUUUUGAUGUGCCCGGGCAAGGUGGGGGAAAUAUGCAGCCAGUUAUUGACUUCGUUAAUCCUCAGCACAAAGGUCCGUGGAGCGCACUUUCUCCAAUCCCAGAGAACAAUGCUGUUGCUGUUGACACUCAGAAUGGAUCUAUUUUUGCCGCUGCUGGUGACUCUUGUGCAUAUUGCUGGGAUUUGGAGAAGUCUAAAAUCAAAACAGUUUUCAGGGGUCACUCCGGCUAUCUGCAUUGCAUUGUUGCCCAAAGCUCUCACAGUCAGAUAAUCACUGGCUCAGAGGAUGGGACAAUACGAAUAUGGGACUGCAAAAGUGGGAAGUGUGUAGAAAGAAUUAAUCCAGGGAAGGAUAAGUCUUUGAAAGACGCCUCUCCAGAUAUCAGUUGCAUUGCUCUCGAUGAUAGUGAGAGCUGGUUGGCUUGUGGGAGUGGUAGGUCAUUAUCUCUUUGGAAUCUUCUUGCUUGCGAGUGUGUGUCAAGGAUGAGCACAAAUGCUUCUGUACAGGAUGUUUCAUUUGACAAUAACCAAAUAUUAGCAGUUGGAACAGAACCAGUGGUCAGCCGGUUUGACAUGAAUGGAGAUACUAUUUCCAAGAUACAAUGUGCUCCACAGUCUUCAUUUUCUGUCUCUUUACAUUCUUCUGGGGUUGUCGCUGUGGCUGGUUAUGGAGCAUUAGUGGAUAUCAUCUCGCAGUUUGGGAGCCACUUGUGUACAUUCCGGUGCAGAGGGCUUUAGACGGCAUUAGUCAAAGCUAAGUAGCGUGCACUGAUGACUUACUUCCCAAUAUGUUGUGAAAAGUCUUAUUUCUAUCACAUCCUUGCUGUCUGAGAGGACAAGGAUCUGAGGAACAAAUGAUGAAAUGCUCGCUUCCGUGGAUGUGGAACUUGUGACUAUCAGAAAAUAUUGGAAGCCAAAUGGGGAAUGACGUUGAGAAAGUUUUGGGCUUCUAGCAUUUCCUUCAUUA